UUGAGACCAGCAGUCCACGAGGGGUAUCAGUACUUGCUCAUGCUCGUCCGCACUUGGUCAAUUUUCCAAACACUCCUCACAUUGCAUCUCCGCGAGUGGUUUCAUGAAAUCUUGAAUGAUCGAGACGAGCAAGACCAAUCAGCUUUGGUGGCAAAAAGCCCACUGUUUGCAAAGUCUAACUUAAGCAUGUGAACAUACCAUCUCCCUCUUUAGAUAUGCUAUUGGCGAGAAUAAAACCUAGCGAAUUCCACGGUAUACUGUCGCAGUUUUCUGUCCUCGCUAAAUCCUUCACCCUUGUCGUUCUGGCCUUCCGAGGUACAUGGCCAGAAAUAGCAAAAGUAGCCCGCGGCUUCAAAAGGUCUUUGAGAAGCUGGUGCUCAAACCAAGCCACACCGCAUCAGGCCCCUGAUGACGUGCAAGCCCCAAAAGCUCCUUUCUACGUUCAAAGAUGCAGAAGCCCCAAAGGCUCCUUUUUCUACGUUCAGAGGUUGGUUGCAAACGCCAGGUUGCAACUGACUAGAGAAAGCCAAUGGGUUAUUAGACUGGAGGCGCGCUCCUAAUAACUUAGUCCAGCUUCAUUAUUACUAGGCGGAGGAGAGGCGGUCCACACACCGUUGAACAGGCACAAGAAAGAAACGGGGCCCAAAUGAACACAAGUGGACCCGCUGAAUGCCCGGUAUUUGUUGGCGGUGCAGCCGGAACCCGAUAUUAAUAGGUAGAUAAUAUGAUGAACAUGAGGUUAAUUCAAAUCAUAGCAUACAGAAUCUAUGAUACUUCAUGUAAAUUACAUGAACC